CAAAAACAACAAGAGGAGGCAAGCAAACACAGUCGGAGCCGCAAUGUUGCACUAAUGCAACGAAAUCGUGCGCGAGUUCUGCGUUGCCUUCGUCGUCGAUGCGUUCAUGUUCGUGUAAUCCUUAGCUGUUACUCCCGGAGCCGAUUGCCAGAAGAGCCUGUUGUUGUUGCUGCAUUGCGAGGGCUUGUGUGUGUGUGUGUGUGUGUGUGUUUGGUAGUGUGUUCGUUUGACGCUGCGUGGAGGAGACGAAGGGGAAGCGAGACGUGAUGAGGGGAGAUAAGGUCGUGGUUGUGAGUGUGUAGUGAUGAGAAGGUGAGAGGUUAGAUUAGCUCGGCUGACCUGCGGAGGAUACUUCCCUGGAUCAUUAAUUGAAGUGCGAUGCCGAGCUCUCCCGUGCGCGCGUCGCUUGGAAACGAGCGACUAUGGGCGUUUGAGGAGGAGCUUGACGAGAGGGCAGGACAGCAGCAGCAGCAGCAGAAGGUGGUUUUAGGUGUGGAUGGAGGUGGCACUUGCACCACGUGCGUAUGUGUUGCGGCGCCUCCGCCAACGAACGGCGAUAAUUUGCCGUAUUUGUCCCGGGUCGAGACGGGAUGCUCCAAUUAUAAUAGCGUUGGCGUGGAGGCUGCAAGGCGAGCUAUCGAGGAAUCAAUGGCUAGCGCGUUGAAACAGGCUCAAGUACCUCGAUCUGCUGUUCUGUCAGUGUGCCUGGCCGCUGCUGGAGUUGAUCGGCAGGUGGACAUCGACGCUUAUCGGGCAUGGAUGAGUGAAGUAUUUCCCCAAGAUGUAGAGAUAUUUGUACAGAACGAUUCUGUUGCGGCGCUCGUCAGUGGAACCGCCGGAAAGCUUUACGGCUGCGUUCUCGUCUCCGGUACGGGAACCAUAGCUGUGGGAUUUAAUGAAGCAGGCAAGUUUGCACGAGCAUCAGGAGGAGGCCCUCUGCUUGGAGAUCAGGGCAGUGGUUACGCAAUUGCAUCGCAGGCUCUUACAGCAGUAAUGAGAGCAGAGGAUGGGCGGGGUCCACCCACAUCCCUCACGGGGGCAAUACUGAAGCGAUUGAACCUCUCCUCAGCUGAAGAUUUAAUUGGCUGGGUUUACGAGGACACUUCCUGGGCACGUGUGUCUGCUUUGGUACCUGUGGUGAAGAGUUGUGCUAGAGAUGGUGAUACCGUGGCUAGAGGACUGCUUGAGAAUUCUGUUUCAGAAUUGGCUUGCAGUGUAAAGGCGGUUGUCAAGGCGCUGGGUCUUGAUGGAAGAGAUGGAAGGAACUCCUUCCCCUUCGUGAUGGUUGGUGGUGUAUUAGAAAACGAUAAUGGUUGGGAUCUUCGUAGACCCCUUGUUAAUAAGAUCUUGGGAAUGUUCCCUGGAGCCCAGCCAAUUAUUUCCAAGCUGGAGCCCGCACUUGGGUCAGCCAUGCUGGCGUGGAGUCGGUAUGAGGAUCGCCACUCCAAGACUGCCCAACCGACUACGGAGCAUGGUGCAUUGGGGAUCGUCUAAGGAGUUUUGAGCUGAUACGUUGUUUUCUUCACUGACUGGUCUCGCAUAUGAGCCAAGGAAUAAGUCUACAAUUGCAACACUCUGAACAUUUGCUGCAGUCUUUGGGUAAGAGGCAUGUUACAUGGAAAGUCAUUUCGAUUGGUUGCUCUUAUAUCUCCAUGUCCUUCUGUGCAACAAAUUACCAUGAGCACAACUGCAUCAAGCAAGGCAUGAAACAUGUCCAAUUGAUGGUCAAUUGUUAUGGUUGCACUAAUAAUGUAGAUGCUAUUACAAAUUGCAACAACCAUUGUACUAUCAACCAGGACGCAAAAAAUGCGCAGAAAGAGCGCCAAAAAAUGUGCUGUCUUGGAGGAUUAGUAAGUUGCCAAUUGAAAUGAAGAAUGAGUCUCUGAAUGGUCCAAAAUGUUCGUUGAUAUAGGACAAUCUGAAUUCUAAAAAUAUUUGCCAACCUUGGUUGGAGGAUGCUUUCUAUUAUUGCUGAAAAGAGUUAUUGAUUUCAAAUGUAUUUUUGAAACAUGUAAGAAUAGUUGCUUUAUAUUCAA